UCACACAUAUGAAAUUGACUUUUUGGCGAAGACGGCAUGUGAAAUUUCGUCAAGUCGCUUCUCGAGUGCUUUUUGCGCACCUUUUCACAAUUAUUUUCCUUUCUCCUUAACUUCUCUGUGCUUUUUCACCUCCUUCUGUACAUACAUACAUCACAAGAUCAAUAGAGAUUUAUUUCUUCGCUAACUGUGUGUGUGUGACUGUGCCACUUCCAGUUUUGCACCUUCCCCAUAACUUUCUCCGUUUCUUGUCACUAAACAAGCUACUCUCUAGUGGUUUCUGCAAACUUAUCAAAAAUCUCCCAAUUGGGAAAUCAAGCAAAUUUGAGCGUCAGUUGCACUGAAACUUUCUGAUUGAAUAAGACGUGGAGAACUUUUAGCCGGUUGAUGGAACGUCAUUCCCUAUAGUCUCUAGAUGUAAAGCUUUUUUAUAGAUAUUUCAUUGAAAAACUUGUGGAAAGUCAAGCCUCUUGAGCAUCGUUCUUGAUUUUACUGUUUUUUUUCUCUCAGAAUUCCGCUCUGGAUUUCUAUGACAACAUUGAUACCUAUAUAAAUUCCAAUAUUUUUCUUAGAAUUGCCUUAAGAAUUGUUUUUGCAUUUUUGAAGCUCCUCUAUGGAGACGGAGGAUUGAGUUUUGAGAGCUUGUUUUUUACUCGAAUGGCUCAUAUAUGUGCUUUCUGACCCUGUUCUCUCUGUGCUGACCACUCUGGGCGACAAAACUCACAAACUUGCAGAAAGCGGAGACGAAAAUGGAGAGAGCGAGGAUACUGUGGCGGACAACUUAGAUAGCAUCGGUGGAGGAUCACGAGCGACAUCGCGACGCACGUCUCUCGCCGAAAUGAUAUCCAGAGUGCGCCGGACCUCUGGUCAGGACACCAAAGUUGACAUCCCGCUGCCACACUACACCAUCCCCAUUGAGAAGUUCGCUGACAAGAGAGUCAAAAGACACAGCAUACACGGAAUGAUGGAGGAAGAAAGUGGCCAGAGACCCCAUCAAGAAAUGGAGCAGUUGUCCCUGGACGAGAAAAAGUUCCUUUUGGCUGUGGAACGCGGAGAUGUGGCGAGUUCACGGAGAAUGCUGCAGAGAGCCCAGGACACCGGAUACAUUGACAUCAAUUGCAUGGAUCCCCUGGGCCGCUCAGCCUUGCUGAUGGCCAUUGACAACGAGAAUCUGGAAAUGGUGGAGCUGCUCAUAAAUCACAAUGUUGAUACGAAAGAUGCACUGUUGCAUGCCAUUUCUGAGGAAUUCGUCGAGGCUGUGGAGGUUCUCCUCGACCACGAGGAUUCCAAACAGCAGCACGGUGGAAAACAUAGCUGGGAGUCUCUGUCUCCAGACACGGCCACUUUCACACCCGAUAUCACGCCGCUCAUUCUGGCCGCUCACCGCGACAACUACGAGAUCAUUAAAAUCCUCCUGGACAGGGGAUCAGUGCUGCCCAUGCCACACGACGUCCGCUGUGGUUGUGACGAUUGCGUCACGUCGCGUGGUGAGGAUUCCCUACGACACUCGCGGUCACGCAUUAACGCAUAUCGAGCCCUCGCCAGUCCAAGUCUCAUCGCCUUAUCAUCCAAGGAUCCCAUAUUGACGGCCUUCGAGCUCUCCUGGGAGCUGCGAAGGCUGAGCUUCCUGGAACAUGAAUUCAAAAGUGAGUAUCAAGAGCUGAGGAAACAGUGCCAGGACUUCGCGACUGCCCUUCUUGAUCACACGAGAACAUCUCACGAGCUGGAAGUGCUUCUCAACCACGAUCCCACGGGACCAGUGUUUGAGCAUGGCGAGCGAAUGCAUCUUAACCGCCUAAAGCUGGCCAUCAAGUUGCGCCAGAAGAAAUUUGUCGCCCACCCAAACGUACAGCAACUUCUGGCAAGCAUCUGGUAUGAGGGAUUGCCGGGCUUCAGACGGAAAAACAUGGCUCUACAGGCACUGGAAAUUAUUCGAAUUGGGAUGCUCUUUCCGCUCUUCUCGAUCGCGUACAUCAUUGCCCCACAUUCCACUUGUGGCCAAACCAUGAGGAAGCCUUUCAUCAAGUUCAUUUGCAACAGCGCAUCGUAUCUCACAUUUCUCUUUCUCCUCAUGCUGGCCUCGCAGCGCAUUGAGAGUGUGGUCGGAGGCUGGUUUUGGGAGACGGAAACGGUCCAGCAGGACGAAGUGCCGACGAAGAGAGGCUCCACGCCCACCUUUGUGGAAUGGCUGAUCUUGUCGUGGGUCAGUGGCUUGAUCUGGAGCGAGGUGAAGCAGCUGUGGGACGUUGGGCUGCAGGAAUAUGUCAACGACAUGUGGAAUGUUAUAGAUUUUAUCACCAACUCACUCUACGUGGCCACCGUGGCUCUCAGAAUAGUGUCGUACUUUCAGGUGCAAAAGGAGAUGACAUUCAACAAAUAUGCUGCCGAUUUGCCACGAGAGAAAUGGGACACUUGGGAUCCGAUGCUGAUUUCCGAGGGAUUAUUCAGUGCCGCCAAUAUUUUUAGCUCCCUCAAACUCGUCUACAUCUUCUCUGUGAAUCCACAUCUGGGUCCGCUACAGGUUUCACUCUCACGCAUGGUCAUGGAUAUCAUGAAAUUCUUCUUCCUCUAUGUCCUCGUCCUCUUCGCAUUCAGCAGUGGCCUCAAUCAGCUUCUAUGGUAUUACGCCGAUCUGGAGAAGAAGCGCUGUGUCGACAAUAUUCAGUCCACGAACCCUGUGAUUAAUGGCACCGCAGACCCCAACGCGUGCAUCGUUUGGCGUCGAUUUGCCAAUUUGUUUGAAACAACGCAGACGCUAUUUUGGGCUGUCUUUGGCCUUGUGGACUUGGAUAGUUUUGAAUUGGAUGGAAUCAAGAUCUUCACGAGAUUCUGGGGAAUGUUGAUGUUCGGCACGUAUUCUGUGAUUAAUAUUGUGGUCCUCCUCAAUCUCUUGAUUGCCAUGAUGAAUCACUCAUAUCAAUUAAUUUCGGAACGUGCUGACAUCGAGUGGAAAUUUGCAAGAUCUCGCUUGUGGAUAAGCUACUUCGAGGAGGGUGGCACGUGUCCUCCGCCAUUUAACGUCAUUCCCACACCAAAGUCCUUCUGGUACAUCUUCCAGUGGAUCAAACGAAAGUUCUGCGGUCACUCGAGAUCCGUGAAGAAGGAGCACAUGCGAACAAUUAGGCAAAAGGCUAAACAGGCCAAUCAGCGAGAUUUCAUCUAUCAGACCAUCAUGAGAAAUCUCGUGAGGCGCUACGUGACAGUGGAGCAGCGCAAGGCAGAGUCUCAGGGAGUGACUGAGGACGACGUGAAUGAGAUUAAGCAGGACAUAUCAGCUUUCCGCUGCGAACUAGUGGAGAUCCUGAAGAACAGCGGCAUGAACACGAGCACGGCGUCUGGUCAGGGCUCUGGAGCGGGUGGCAAGAAGAACAGACAGAAGGAGAGGCGCCUCAUGAAGGGGUUCAACAUUGCUCCACCACAGCAGUCUACUCAGCUUCCACCUGUAGCUGAAUUCAUCUCUGGCCUUACUCACCAGAAUUCCGACUCUAAUAAUUAUGAGUUGUUUGGAUCACCUCUUGCAAAUGUCUACGGACCUGGAAUCACCCCAAAGAAAACUCACCACAAUCCCAUUCAGCAGUUCAGCUCCUCGCAGAGCUCAUUCGGGGACUCACAGCCAAGCAUGAGCGCCAAGUUGGGCAAAUUAGCACCAAAGUUUCACACUAAACGCAUUGGAGGAUCUCACAAGCGACGAUGGGGAACGCUGAUCGAGGCCGCGAAAUCAGGAAGUGUUUCUCGCUUCAUUGGGCGCUCCAGGAGCGAGGACUCCGUGUGCAAUGCUCCUCCCAACGUUGGAAAUCGCAUGGAUUCUGCAAGUCACAGCAACAGUCCAGCCUCAGAUGAAGCUGUGACGGAAUCCGCGACGGAUUCGAAUCCGAGCCUUGAUCGACCCGAUGUCGAGACGCCGAGAGAGAUGGGAAAAGAGCCCACGACACAUCAUUUUCACUUCAGCGCCUUGGCAGCACUCAAGAGGCGUCGCAAGAAGUUCUCCAACAGCAGAAAUGCUAGUCCAGUGCUGGAGCCACCCAUUGAGCACGAUGGGGUGUCCAAGAGCAGCAAGAAGUUACUGAAGAGAGCCUCAAGCGUUCCCACGAGGCCCACAAUCAACGAAAGCACCGAGUCUAUCCCUCAAAAUGGUCAGGACGUUCCGGCAUGUGGCGAUGCAGUGAGUGCAACGCUGACAACUUCAACGACGGAUGAAAGUGUGGCUGGCCAUCUGGUCAUUCCCAUUUGCCCCACGGAGCCUCUCCUCGCGGGCGCAAUGAGUAAUGUGAUGAAAAUGGACGCUAAUGGCCACCAGCAGAUGCCCAAUUUGCCUAAUGUGAUCCCAGUCAGAGGACAUCUGCAUCAGCAAGGAUGGCUCUAACUAUAUACUCUGAUCGGUCUAGCAGUGUGUGCUACAAAAGGGUACUAUUUUUGCAUUCUUUUGUUUUUUAUCGAUUUUAAAAACUAAUUUCGUACAAAAAUAAUUUACAUAAGGGAAGAACUACAGUUCCAGAACUCUGUUUUUACUUUAUAUUGAAAAAGUUAAUUCACAGCACAGACCAAAAAAAAUGCAGAAUAAUUUUGGGAAAGCGGGAAAGUCGCUGCUGGAAGAAAAUCAUAACAAAACAUUUCAUCGAUUAUAAAAAGAAUUUGAUAUAUUAUAUCGUUAAAAAGUAUCACUUUAUAUUACUACGCAUUGCAAAUGUGAGAGUUAAUGAAAAAUAAUUUUAGAAAGAUGCAUACUCAUUAGAUAAAAGCGCGAAGUGAAAAUUUAUUGUAUAGCUAUGCAACCAAUACAUGUCAUUUGGAAAGGGUGGAAUUGACGAAAAAUUGUUAAAUAUUUCACUUAAGCAUGUAUAAAGUGAAGCAUAUGUGUUUUUGUAGUUGGAAGAGAUUUCAGGAUACAAUUGGAAAA